AGAGUUUAAUUUGGGCAAGGUGGCUUAAAAGAAAACCAACCCUAACAAAUUUACACACACAGUAAAAAGAAGCUUAGCAAUGGUCCUCCAAUGACCACGUUCACCCUCCCCACCACUUUUCCAAAUCCAUUUAAUCCCAAUUUACCACCACCACCACCAUCGACGACGAUCCCUCUCCUUCAUGAACCCGCCAUGUUAAAACCGUCCCUUCUCAAAUCCCCAUUAACAAAACUCUUCUUCUCUUCAAAACCCAACUCCCCAUUUCCCAAUUUAGUCUCCAAAAUCCUCAAUUUACUCUCCACCGAUUCCCACUGGCCCAAAAACCCACAACUCCACCGCUUAUCUUCCACUCUAAAACCCCACCAUGUUGCCAAAAUUAUCAACGCCCACACCAAUACUGAAGUCUCCCUUCGAUUCUUUUAUUGGAUUUCUCAGAGGCAUUUUUACAAACAUGAUAUGGGCUGUUUUAUUUCUAUGCUUAACAGGCUUGUUCAAGAUCAGAUUUUCGCCCCGGCUGAUCACGUUAGGAUUUUGAUGAUCAAAACUUGUCGAAAUGGGGAUGAGCUGAUUCGGGUAAUUGAAUUUUUGAAUGGAAUUAGUAGUGCUAAUGGUGUUGUUGGGUUUAGUUUGUACAGUUAUAAUACUCUUUUGCUUCAACUGGGGAAGUUUGGUAUGGUUAGUUUAGCUCAAAAUGUUUAUACUCAAGUUUUGAAUAGUGGGGUUAAGCCUAAUUUGUUGACAUUUAAUACUAUGAUUAAUAUUUUGUGUAAGAAAGGGAAGGUUCAAGAGGCAUUGUUGAUUUAUAAUAAGAUUUUUCAGUUCGAUAUGUGCCCGGAUUGUUUUACGUAUACUUCUUUGAUUCUCGGGCAUUGUAGGAAUCGUAAUUUGGAUAAGGCGUUUGAGGUUUUUGAUAGGAUGAUUAAAGACGGUUGUGAUCCUAAUUCGGUUACUUAUUCAACUUUGAUUAAUGGGUUGUGUAGUGAAGGGAGGAUUGAAGAAGCAAUGGAUAUGCUUGAAGAAAUGACUGAGAAAGGGAUUGAACCGACUGUGUAUACGUAUACUGUGCCAAUUAGUUCGUUGUGUGAUGUUGGUCGUGUGGAUGAGGCGGUUAGUCUUGUCAAAAGUAUGAUAGCGAGGGGCUGUAGCCCAAAUGUGCAAACUUAUACUGCACUUGUUAGCGGGUUGUUUCAGGCAGGGAGAAUGGAAGUGGCUAUAGGGAUGUACCAGAAAAUGCUGAGGGAAGGUAUUGUUCCGAGUACGAUUACUUAUAAUACAUUGAUAAAUGAAUUGUGUACUGAAGGAAGAUUUGGGAUUGCUUUGAAGAUCUUUGAUUGGAUGGAGAGACAUGGUAACUUGGCAAAUGCACAGACAUACAAUCAGAUUAUAAAGGGGUUGUUUGCAAUUGAUGAUAUUGAGAAGGCUAUGGUUAUUUUCAAUAAAAUGCUCAAGGCUGGCCCAUCUCCAACUUUGGUAACAUAUAAUUUGCUCAUUGUUGAAUACCUCAAAAGAGGAUUACUGGACAAUGCGAUGAGAUUUUUGUUUAUUAUGAAGGAGAAUGGUUGUCAACCCGAUGAGAGAACUUAUUGUGAACUCAUUUCUGGCUUUUGCAAAGGGGGUAAAUUGGAUUUAGCAAUUAGUUUCUUUCAUGAAAUGCUUAAGUAUGGCAUAAGCCCAAACCAGUGGAAUUAUACAGCCAUGAUUGAUGGUUAUUGUAAGCAGGGGAAGAUUGAUAUAGCCUUGUCAUUAUUUGAAAGGAUGGGAGAGAACGGCUGCACUCCCACUAUUGAAACUUAUAAUGCCAUUAUAAGUGGGUUAUCUAAAAAUAAUAAAUUUUCUGAAGCCGAGAAGUUUUGUGGCAAGAUAACAGAGCAGGGAUUGCAACCAAAUACCAUCACUUAUACAUCUUUGAUUGAUGGGCUUUGUAGGAAUGGUGCGACUGAUCAGGCAUUUAAGAUUUUUCAUAAAAUGGAACAGAUUAAUUGUCUGCCGAAUGCACACACAUAUACUUCUCUUAUUUAUGGCCUAUGUCAAGAAGGCAGGGCUGAUGAUGCUGAGGGGCUACUUCAGGAAAUGGAGUUAAAGAGUUUGGUUCCUGAUGAAGUCACAUUUACAUCUCUUAUUGAUGGUUUUGCUUUGCUUGGUAGGAUAGAUCAUGCGUUCGUACUUUUUCGGCAGAUGGCUGAAAUGGGCUGCAAACCCAACUUCCAAACGUAUAAUGUAUUGUUGAAAGGGCUGCAUAAGGAGUGCCAAUUACUCACAGAAAGGGCUGUGGCCCAAAAUGAAAUAGUUUAUGGUUGCAGCUCUCAUGAAAGGGUUGCUAUGUUUGAAAUGAUUGGUAAUCUUUUAUCAAGGUUGUCGGAAAAUGGAUGCGAACCUACUAUUGACACAUACAACACUCUAGUCUGUGGUUUGUGUAGUGAAGGGAGAUCUAGUGAGGCAAGACAGCUGGCUGAAUUUAUGAAAGAUAAAGGUUUUUCUCCUAGCAUGGAAGUCUACUGCUCACUUUUAGUUGCCCAUUGUAAGAAUUUAAAAGUGGACUAUGCAUUGGACAUAUUCAAUCUAAUGGCCGAUGAAGGCUUACAGCCUCAUCUGCAAGUCUAUAAAGAACUCAUUUUUGCACUUUGUAGAGUUAAUCGGGUAGAAGAAGCUCAGAAUAUAUUUCAAAGGUUGCUUGAUAAACAAUGGAACAGUGAUCUGAUUGUUUGGACUGUUUUGGUUGAUGGCUUAUUACAAGGAGGGGAAUCAGAUCUAUGCAUGAAGUUUCUCUAUCUUAUGGAAUCUAGAAACUGUACUCCCAGUUUGCAUACAUAUGUAAUCUUAGCAAGAGAACUAUCUAAAGUUGGAAAAUCAUUAGAAAUUGAUAGAAGCAAUAGCGAAUUGAGGGAAUCAAGCUUCCUUUCAUAGUUUUCAACUCAAAUUGCAAUGAACGAUAAAUUCUUUGAGUUGCUCUGCAUAAUUGUUAACCUCUCACUAAUCUGCAGUGCCAUUGUCGAUGAAGGUAAAAUUGCUGGUUGUAGUGAGGCAAAACUUAACCACAUUGAUACAAAUUUGAAGAUUUUGAAACUGCAGGAAGACAUAUGGAAGUUCGUCGGGUCGGAGUAGAAGUAUAUGAUGCUAGUGGCUGUUCUGUCCCAAAGUGCUCAUAUAGCAUUGCCUUAAAGCUGAUCUUCCAGAUCUAACAUUGCAAUCUUUUUAUGUGCUUGCAUAGACAAGCUCUUCAUCUUCUUAAAGCUAUUGAUUUCUUCUGGAAGUUGGAAGAAUGCUGCUGAUCAUUAGGAAAAAUUUGAUCAAGCAUCUACUGAAGAAGAGCGGGCUGAUAAGGAAACCCUGCAGCAACCAAGAGACAGUCCUUUUCCAGGCAUCAAAUAGGUGCUAUUGAUUUUGAUCAGAAACAAUAGAAGUCGGAUUUGAGGAAGUGUUGGCACUAGAAUUUAGGGAAAGGAAACUCAUGGGGUUUUGGCGAUGAAAUUUUGGAUUUUACUGAUGAAGCAAUUUUGACACAACAUGAUUUCUCGGAUGCUGGAAAGCUGAUGCCGACUGAUUAUUAUGUUAGCUGCUGUUUUAUGGCUUGAUUGGCAAGUCAAGACAUGCCUUCAUCUGUCACUCAGUAAUGGCUUGCUUGUAUUUCAACAUCAGCGUGCGGGAUGAACAGUUCCUAAUUUGGUUCCUUUUAUUCGAGCAAAAGGUCAUCACGGUCUUUGAAUUUGUGCGUCUGGAUCAAUUAACUCACAAUUAGCCAUUUUAAUCAAUUAAGGAUCAUAUUUUCUAUUUUUAGAUCAAUUAACUUUUAAACAGUAUAAACUGAACAAAUUUAAAAACCGCAGUGAUCUAAGUAUUAUUCUUAAUAGAAUAAAAUGACUAAGUGUGAGUUAAUUGAUUUUGAUAUACAAAUUUAGGGAUUCAAUGAUCUUUUGUUCCUUUUUUCAAUGGGCGAUAAUAAUUGAAAGAGAGUUUUAGAAAAAGACAUUAAAACCAGACAGGAAUCACAAAACAUGGCUAUUGCCAUUGUCAUUGACAGGUAAAUCCCCUUA